CUGUACUUUAUGGCAAUGACUUGUAAUACGGGUGGGCUCUGGCAGCAGGGCGGGACAGACGUGGCUGUGGAUUGGUACCUGGCCAUCCUGCUGCUCUUCACCAUCCUGGCCCUUGUUCUCACCUCUGUCUUUGUGAGGCUGCGGGGAGCUGAAGGGGAGAGGCCCUGGGAGCCAGCUGUGGCCGAAGCGGCCUGGGAGAGCGGCCCCAGGGACCAAGCGGCAGCAAGAGCGGGGCCGGAGGCUGGGAAAGAGGCUGUUGCCAAGCAUCGGGAGGAGGCGGCGGAGGACCCAAGCCCUGUGGUGGCCGAGAACAUCCCCUGGCAGCUGCCAGUCGAGCCCCACGAGCCCGAGCCCCAGGAGGAUGCGGAGAGCAAUAUACCACCUUUGGGAGCCUCAGCUGGGUCCAGCCUCGGCCACCUGGGACAAGUAGAGGAUACAGGAGACCACACAGCAUUUCCCAGCAAGGCAGAGAAGGAAGAUCUGGACUCAGAAAAAGAGAAGCUGGUGGUGGGAGAGCUGGCAAGCACAGCAGCUACACCAGCCCCAGUGACAAGUACAGCAGCAUCGUUUGAGAAUUCUGAUGGUUUUAAAUGGCCUUUGGGUACCCUUGAGACCUGCCUGCUGAUUGUGAGGGGGAUCACGAUGUUAGCACACAUACAGAAUGUGUUUUGCCCACAACCGUUUUGUCUAAUCUCAGAAGUUAAGCAGAGUCGGGUUUGGGUCUUGUCUGGGGUUAGAUGAUGAUAUAGGAGGACCAGGAGAUUUUCCCCAAGGCUAUACAGUCAUGAGUGGCAGGGUG